AUGUCGAUGCCAUCCAGUUUUGAAACGUCCAGCGAGGAAGUGGACCUGCACCGUUUACCGUUUGGGGCCAAAGUCAAGUACCUCUGCAAACAACAGCCAUUAGUGCCUAUCGGGUGUCUAUUGACUACCGGAGCUGUUGUACUGGCCAUGAAGAAUGUUCGAAUGGGCCGUUCACGCAACGCACAGGUGUGGUUACGUUGGCGUGUGGGGCUGCAGGCGUUAACGCUGGCCGCCUUGGUGGGCGGAGGCUACUACUACGCUGGAGUGGGCGCCUCUGGCCGCACACAGCCUGACCCACAAGAACAGCUCAAAGCCAUGCAGAAAAAGACCCGUCGCAGAGAACAGCUGUGGAUCGAGGAGCUGGAGAGACGUGACCGUGAGACACGUGCCCGUAAGGAGCGUGCGGAGCGUGCCAGGCAGGGGCCAGAGGGCUCUGGCUCUGGAUCUGGCUCUGGCUCUGGCUCUGAGUCGAGCACGUGA